AUGCAGUCUGGAAUAUCAGUCUCCACGGAGGUUCAUGAUGCCUUUGCGGGCUUCCUCGCCAACCCCUCGCUCUUCUGCCUGCCGAUAACAAUCACUGACGAGCAGCUUGUUCCGCUGCAACCCAUCCCCUUCUCGCAAGGAAGCGGCAGCAACAGUGAUGCUAAUAGCCAAUUCUAUGGCUCAUUGCCGUCCCUUGCGGACCAUCUACAGCCCAAGACCCCCAUCUACCUCCUCCUCAGGCGUUCACAGGAGCACGCAGAGACAGGCUUGAUAGCGCUCUCAUUUGUUCCAUCAAACAGCCCCGUACGCUCCAAGACACUUUUUGCAAGUACCCGGGCUGCACUUACCCGUGAACUGGGAUCAGAGAAGUUUGCGGAAAAUAUAUUUGCUACAGAUGUCGAAGAGGUGCUCGACGAACAGGAAUGGCAAGAGAGGGAGCUGGAUAUGAAUGCCAAGAGUGGUGCGGGCGGUGCGGGCGGUGAUGACAGACGAGAUGAACUCAUGGGAGAGCAAGAAAGGGAACUAAACGCUGUUAAAAAGGGGGAGAAUGAUGCAAGAGACAUGUGGAGGCGAAGGAUGGACAUCGGUAUUGGAGGAACUGUUGGUUCGGAUGGCAAUACGGGUGGCCAGCUAUCUGGAACUGGAGCUACAGAUAGCAGCGCCCUAUUCAAGACCGGAGAUGGUGCAGAAGAAGCAUUGCAGAGCCUAGGUCAAGACGGGGCCGCCGUUUUCUUGGCCAUUGAUGUGAAAACAGAGACACUGAACAUCGUGGGAACAGAGCCAAGCGUUGCACCAGAAUCUCUAUCAGGGCAUAUCCCAGCCUCAGAACCACAGUACACCUUUUACCGCCACCCUGUCUCUUCAGAGCUGAUCUUCAUUUACACAUGUCCUUCCGGUUCCUCUAUCAAGCAGCGCAUGCUACACGCUAGCAGCCGUGCUGGAUUGUUGGUAUGGGCUGCUCGAAAUGGUGUCUCUGUCAAUCAUAAGAUCGAGGCAUCCGAUGCAGAUGAGAUCACACCUGGUAGACUGCAGGAGGAGAUAAGCCCGCCUGCCCAGGAGGUUAAGAAAGCGUUCGCCAGGCCAAAGAGACCGGGUAAGAGGUAG